UCUUGAUAUCACAACCAGGAGGAGCUAUGAAAAAGACAAGAAGCUACUCCGUACAAGAAGCUACCAGAAGCGACUCUGUGAUAGUGCAUAGUGUACAUACAGUAGUGGUAGAGUACACAACCCCAGAGAACGUCCACCCAUCACCCCGCCAGCGAAAGAAAGGAAGCCCCCGAAAAAAAAAAAGGAUUCUUGACGUGUUCGGCAAUGCAAUGCACGCGGUAUGCGGCCAAGUACAGCCUAGCCAACGUGUGCUAAGAGCUAUCGAACCGGGUGGUCCCCAUCGUCCGUCUGGAGUAUUCGUGGUAUGCUGUGUAUGGUUGGGCGCGCCAUCCCCCGUCCCGCUCCAGUCCAAAGUCGUACGGCGGCUUGUGAGGACGGGAGACACCAUGGGAUGGAUAUUGGCGCUGGAGUAGGGGCAGGACGUGUCGGUGAGGAGGGAAUGCUAUGCCGCCGCCUGUCUGGAUCAACGGCCGCAUCCGCUGUCUGUCUGAGUGGGAGGCCGUGACGAGACCUGCGCCAAGUGACAAGCAAGGGGUUAUCCGGUUCAAUCCCGUCAUAUUGGGCGUAUAGGGGUAAGUUACAGGACUAUCACCGUCACCGUCACCGUCACCGUCACCGUCACCGUCACUCACAUCGCGGCGUCCCGCUGUCUGUGCUGUUGUUCAAUGACACUGUCAGUCCUAAUUUCAAAAAAUGUACAUGAUUCUUAAACUGGGCCUGGAUCAUCACAUCACCGAGCCGUCAUAUUCACUGUCCGAAACGUUCAAGCAGAACACCAAAAUCUCGAAUGCAACUUCCAAAAAUAUCAUCAAAAUGCGAGUAAUUGUGCUAUAGCAUCGACAUUUUCAGUAAUUAUAUAUGAGACAGUGUAUUGUAGAAGCCCCGACCAACCACCCAGCCUCGCCCAAAAAUUCUUCGGAGCUGGUUAACCGCCGGCUAUCCCCGCUGCUAUCGCUAUCCACCAUCCCAACUCGAAAUUGCGUAACCUCCCCAAAUCUCCAACAAACCAACACCACCUGCGUCGUUGGAACCCAGCCCGCGUCCGCUGGAGAAUGCGCAGGAUCACGCAGUCCUAAGAUCCUAUUAGGCAGUUCUACUCAAGCUGUUUGACGGACUGCAACCCGGCAUGUCUGGACACGAUGGACGCCGCCGGAACGAGGAGUUUGCCACCCGCGCUCACGACGAUAGGCACGGCGCCAGGACGGACGAGGAGCCGUAUCUAGGACCACCUGUCAUGCCUGUGCCGGGACGGGAUCAGAAUGGGGAUAUUGAGAUCACGACGAGGCAGAAGAUGCUGUCCGCAGUGUCCGGUAGUUUGUUCACUUCAUUAAUUGUAACCCCCCUCGACGUCGUCCGCGUCCGCCUCCAAUCCCAACCCAACCUCUCCCUCCACUCCGCCGUCACAAACCUCACCCGAACCGCGACCGUCGAAGGGCUCGGCGCGCUCCCCCCCAACCUCGGCGUCACCGCCUGCUGCCGCGAAGUCUUCUUCGCCGGCAACGCCAUCGAAUACUGCUACGCCGGCCCCUCGAUCGGAACCCUUCGCCCCGCCAACUCCCUCGGCGCCAUCGACUGCUCCAUGGAAGAGACGCAGCGGCGCACUUUCAAUUCAACCCUAGACGCCUUCCGCAAGAUCUCGCGGAACGAGGGGAUAACCACCCUCUGGCGCGGCCUGUCGCCUACACUCGUCAUGACGGUCCCAGCGAAUAUCAUCUACUUCACCGGCUACGACUGGCUGCGCUUCGCCCCUGCCAGCCCCGUCAAUCAGCUAUUCCACGACUCCUACGCCCCCCUCGUCGCCGGCGCAUUCGCCCGCGUCGUAGCAGCCUUCGUCGUCUCCCCCAUCGAGAUGUUCAAGACGCGCAUGCAAGCCAGCCACGGCGCCAUCGCCGGGGGCGGGGGCCACUUUGCCAAAACCCUCAAUUCCGUGCGCGAGAUGACCAAGACCUCCGGCUACUCUUCGCUCUGGCGCGGCUUGACACUCACGCUGUGGCGCGAUGUCCCGUUCUCCGGUAUCUACUGGUGGGGCUACGAAACCGUUCGCGGCCAAUUAGCCGACGUCCGCGAGCGCGCGCGCGGCCGCGAAUUCGACCGCGACGGCCCCGGCAGUCGCGAACGUAGCCGUUCCCAAAGUCGAGAAAACCACACCAACACCUUCACCGACAGUUUCACCGCCGGCGCGGUCUCUGGCGCCGUCGCCUCGAUCCUCACCAUGCCCUUCGAUGUGGGCAAGACGCGGCAGCAGAUUUUCAAAGACCGUGUCGGCGCCACGGGCGGUGCUUUAGCGCCGGAGCAGCUGAGUAUGCCGAGGCUUUUGAUGCAUAUUUUUAGAGAGGAGGGGGCGCCGGGGUUGUGGAGGGGGUUGGCGGCGAGGACGAUGAAGGUCGCGCCGGCGUGUGCGAUUAUGAUUAGUUGUUAUGAGGUGGGGAAGAGGAUGAGUAGGGUGUUUAAUGAGAAGGCGGAGGAGAAUCGGGUUGGUGGGUUGUGAUGGGGGAUAAUUUAGACAGGUGGGGAGAGAGGGCAAAUUGGCGUUUAUUAGAGGGGGGCUUGAGGGUCUCCGGUUGCGAAUUUGGAGCGCCUAUGGUGCUUUCGCGAUGCAUAGCAAGAUGGCGUUUUUUUUUGGAUUGAUGUACUGUAUUAUGAGUAGAAUACCAUAUCGUUCGCACCUCAACUCAAUAGUAAAGAAAAAAAAAAAAAAGUAAAGUCAGCAUACAGGCCGUUUGUGUAAAAAAAUAACGGCAAGAGAUGAACUAGUGAGAGAGGCCAUGCAUCACAAGCUUGCGG